AUGUCUGAAUCCAGCACUACUUCUCCUUCUUAUGAAAUGAGUUCUACGAAGAAGGAAUAUGAAUUUAUUAAGGAGAUCGGGCUCGGUUCGCGAAACCUGGGUUGUUAUGUCAACGGAUUAUGGCAGGGUAAUGGUCCCGUGAUUUCCUCUGUAAAUCCGGCCAACAAUCAGACAAUUGCUGAAGUGGUUGAAGCAUCUAUUCAAGACUAUGAGGAAGGCAUGCGGGCAUGUGCUGAGGCUGCAAAGAUAUGGAUGCAGAUUCCGGCACCAAAGAGAGGUGAGAUUGUUAGGCAGAUUGGUGAUGCCCUGAGAGCCAAACUCCAUUAUCUUGGUCGGCUUGUUUCUCUAGAAAUGGGAAAAAUACUAGCUGAAGGAAUUGGGGAAGUUCAGGAAAUAAUUGAUAUGUGUGACUUUGCUGUGGGAUUGAGCCGUCAGCUAAAUGGAUCAAUCAUACCUUCUGAACGUCCAAAUCAUAUGAUGUUGGAGACGUGGAAUCCUCUAGGAAUAGUUGGUGUGAUCACGGCUUUCAAUUUCCCUUGUGCUGUUCUUGGAUGGAAUGCAUGCAUUGCGCUAGUCUGCGGAAAUUGUGUGGUCUGGAAAGGUGCUCCAACCACACCUUUAAUUACCAUAGCCAUGACAAAGAUAGUUGCUGGGGUAUUAGAGAAGAACAAUUUACCCGGUGCAAUUCUCACAACAUUUUGUGGCGGUGCUGAAAUUGGUCAAGCUAUAGCAGAAGACAAUCGCAUUCCUCUAGUUUCAUUCACUGGAAGUACAAAGGUGGGUCUAAUGGUUCAACAAAUAGUAAAUCAAAGAUUUGGAAAAUCCCUGCUUGAAUUGAGUGGAAAUAAUGCUAUAAUUGUCAUGGAUGAUGCUGACACUGAACUUGCUGUUCGCUCUGUUUUGUUUGCUGCUGUUGGUACAGCUGGUCAGAGAUGUACAACCUGCCGCAGACUGCUUCUUCAAGAGAGUAUUUAUCACAAAGUGCUUGAACGAUUACUUGAUGUAUACAAACAAGUCAAGAUAGGAAAUCCUUUAGAGAAAGGUACCUUACUUGGGCCAUUGCAUACUCGUGCUUUAAGGGAAAAUUUUGAGAAGGGAAUACAUAAAAUCAAAUCUCAGGGAGGAAAGAUACUCACAGGUGGCAAUGUUAUAGAGUCUGAAGGAAAUUUUGUGCAUCCCACCAUAGUUGAAAUCUCCCCAAAUGCUGAUGUUGUUAAGGAAGAAUUGUUUGCUCCAGUUCUUUAUGUUAUGAAGUUUAAGAGUCUGAAGGAAGCAAUUGAAAUAAACAAUUCUGUACCUCAAGGUUUAAGUAGUUCCAUCUUCACCCACAAACCUGAAAUUAUAUUCAAAUGGAUUGGGCCUCAAGGAAGUGAUUGUGGAAUUGUAAAUACGCUCAACUUGUACAAUCAAUUAUGGGAGCGAAUUGCCUUUGGCACAAGGAAUCAACUUUGGGUAGUGAAUUUACUUUUCGCUCAGAAUAAUCGACUUUGGCAGCUCUUUUAG